AUGGCUGCUGGACUCGGAAGCUCUUCAUACUACGAUAGACGACAAAGACAAUCGCCCGCCCUCAUCCGAGCAAGGCGACCUUACCUCUUUAAGAACGCCGUACUUGGAUCCGCUGUCGCCGCCUUCGCUGUUGGCGUUUAUGUGUACACGAUCAGUGUCGUCGGACAAGAUGAAUUCGAAGAUGUCAAGGUCCCGAGCGCGCCGCUUCAACCCGAGAAGAAAUAA